AUGAAGCUUGCUCUCAUUGCUCCCGCUCUGCUCAGUCUCGCUGUCGCAGGACCCCUACCAUCAUCCGAAGGUGUGCACGUCUUGACAAAGCGUCAAACGCGCCCUAUCGGCUCCUGCGACCCCGGUCCGAACUUUUGCGGCUUUUCACUCGAAGAAUGCAAUACUCAGCUCGCGGCUCUUCGUGCCCCCUGUACAAACAGGUGCAUUCCCCAAGGUCUUCCUGUGCGUGUGGAAUGCCUUGCUCCUCGCAACCUCGGUUGCUUCUGUUAA